AUGGAGGAAAGCUCCAGUUCUCCCGUGUCUCCCGUGGACAGCUUGGGCACCAGCGAAGAGGAGCUGGAGAGGCAGCCCAAGAGAUUUGGCAGGAAGAGGAGGUACAGCAAGAAAUCCAGCGAAGAUGGCAGCCCCACCCCGGGCAAGCGGGGGAAGAAGGGUAGCCCCAGCUCGCAGUCCUAUGAGGAGCUACAGAGCCAGAGGAUCUUGGCCAAUGUCCGGGAGAGGCAGAGGACUCAGUCUCUGAACGAAGCCUUCGCAGCCCUGCGCAAGAUCAUCCCCACUCUGCCCUCGGAUAAACUCAGCAAAAUCCAGACCCUGAAGCUGGCCGCCAGGUAUAUAGACUUCCUCUACCAGGUGCUUCAGAGCGACGAGAUGGACAAUAAGAUGACCAGCUGCAGCUACGUGGCCCACGAGAGGCUCAGUUACGCCUUUUCUGUGUGGAGGAUGGAAGGUGCGUGGUCCAUGUCCGCAUCCCAUUAG